CGUAUGUAUUCAGCUAAUUUUUCAAAGGUUGAGAAUCUAGUUGCCCAAACAAAAAAAGAUUGGGGAUGUAAGUGCAAAAGAAGGUAAAGGUUGGAGAUGUUUGCUGCAAUUUAUCCUUUAAUUUUUCGAUAAAUAACACAUACGGUGAGGUCCUCGACGAGAAGCUUGAUCAUUGUGAAGCAGCACUGGCGUCUAUAGCCAUGAAAGAUUACGAGAUUGAAGAAAAAAAGCAAGCUGCAGCUGAUGUUCUGUAUCAAUAUUCAAAAUUUGCUAUGGCCUGUAUUGGUAAUAAAGUUCGACCUUGUGACUUGAGGUUGCAUUUGAUGAAGGAAAUAUCUGGGUUGCCAACUUCUUUAAAAAGGGAAUCAUACCAAGUUGCUGCUGCUUCUGAUGUAAUGGGAGAAUCUUCGAGCUCGGGGACUUCUAGACUUGAUAAAGCAGACAGUUUUCAAGCACCUUCCUAGUGUCUUGUUUACACCAUAUGUUCAUAAUCGUUGUAAAAUUUGCUCCCUUAUCUCCUUUCGUAUUAAAUGUGAUUCAACAAUUCUAUCAUAUUACGCACUUCUAACAUAUUAAUGUUCCCAUCUUAUGGACUUAAUUCAUGUUAGAAUACAGUGACCCAAUAUGUGAUAGAACUAAUAUUAUGAGAAGCAUAGACCUGUUUUAUUAUAUAUGUGAUUUAUAUCAGGGCAUCAUAACAUCAUAUAGCCGCACCUCUUGUAAUCAUAUUCCAUAUAGUGAAUUUUUCCACACC